AUGCCCUUCAAAGACGCCCUCGCGCAUUUCAAGUCCCAGAUUAAAGACCUCCAGCAUGAAGGCCAGAAGUUCCUGUCGUCGGGCAGCCAGCAUCAACAGCAACAACCGCCGCCCAUCCCGCAAGCUACACGCCCCAGCUACCAACAACAAGGUCAGCCGGGAUUCUCGCCACCGCCGCAGCAGCCGACGACAUACUGGCAGGCGCGGUUCGAUCCAGCUGUGCCCGUCAGCGCUGAGUGGGAGCACAAGCUGGGCAACAACAACGGGUGGGGAAAUAAUGAAAUAGAGCAUUAUACGGCCGAAGGGGAGAAUUCGUUCUACACGCCAAAUAACCUCCUCGUUCUGCGCGCCAUCUCGGCUCCAUCCAACCCGGACCCGGCGAAAAAAUACACCUCUGCGCGCUUAGUGUCGCGGCAACGCCUUGCACGCCCACAGGGCAGCCUGGUUGCGACGCUGACGCUUCCCUGCGCCGGAGGGAUAUGGCCUGCGUUCUGGCUGCUGCCGUUCGAACCCUUCGCCUGGCCGACGGACGGCGAGGUCGACAUUGCCGAGACGUGGAACGGCGACGGCGUCAACCACUCGUGCUUGCACUGGGGCUUCUACACGCCGCAGGACACGAUGAAGCACCGCGUCGUCGCCACCCCCGUGCAGGGCAUGGCGGCCGGCCGGCCCGUGCGCUUUGAGUUCGCAUGGAUGCAGGACGCUGCGGGACAGGGGCGUCUGGUGUGGUGGAUCGACGGGCAGGCGGUCAUGAAGGCGCCCAUACCGCAGGGCACGCGGCCCAUGGCAGACUUCGUCGUGCUCCUCAACAUCGCCAUGGGCGGCACCGUCUGCGCGGGCCAGAUCCCCCGCGAGGGCAGCUACGAUAUGCUGGUCCACGAGAUGAAGAUGAUGGCGGAGCCCGAGGCGGGCGGAUGGGCGAGAUUCGAGCGGGAUUGGGGCUGGGUGAGGGAGGGUGACACCAUCUAA